AGAAAGCAAAAACCACACGUGACUACGACACUCUACGAAACAACUUGUACGCAACGUGAUUAUCAUUGUACGCAACGUUACAAACGUGAUUAUCAUAAUAAUUCAUAAUCCAUUAAACUAGUACUCUUCUUAUAAAUCGCUUAUUUUCUUAAUCAAUCAACGUGUAUUCAUAUUCAUCUAUCCAUUCAUUUUCUUCCUUUUUUCUUUCUUCUUCUCCAUUGCUCUCUCCGCGCGCCAUGGAUUCUUCUGUGUUGACUUCUCACUUCAACAACUUCCGAACCGCCGCAAACUCUUUUCUUUCUCAAUACGAACCUCUCACUCUGGUUCUAGUUCCUCUCUUCUCUCUCUUUCUCGCAAACGUGAUUCGUUCGUUUUUCAGUGUUAUUCAUGAUAAAGGACUUAAGGCUACUGUACUAGGGUUCUUCAUGAGCUUCAUCAAAUUGAUUCCUGGUGUGAAGAGUUAUAUAGAUGCUGAAAAACAGAAGGUUGUGGAUAAGUUACAGUCUGAUGGUAAAUCUAAAAGAGAUGGUUGGAAGACAGAGUUGCCAAGCACAGGGUUGGGGACAUCUGUCCUUGAGAAAAUGAGUGAGGAGAAAAGAAAAGAUGCAGUUUGGCAAGGCAAAUGCUCUGGUACAGUCUACAUUGGAGGAAGUGAGUCUAGUGCACAUUUUUCUGUCAUAAAUGAGGCCUGCUCAAUGUUUGCACAUACCAAUCCCUUGCAUUUGGAUGUAUUCCAGAGUGUUGUACGCUUUGAGGCAGAAGUGGUUGCAAUGACAGCGGCUCUUCUUGGAAGUAAAGAAAAGACAUCUGGAGGACAAAUUUGUGGCAAUAUGACAUCAGGUGGGACUGAAAGUAUAUUAUUAGCCGUUAAAUCAUCUCGCGACUACAUGAAAUCCAAGAAAGGAAUUACAAGACCCGAAAUGAUAAUCCCUGAGUCUGGUCACUCAGCAUAUGACAAAGCUGCACAUUAUUUUAACAUAAAACUAUGGCGUGUUCCGGUUAACAAAAAUUUUCAAGCCGAUGUGAAAGCAAUUCGACGUCAUAUUAACAAAAAUACCGUUUUGAUUGUUGGAUCUUCUCCUGGGUUUCCUCAUGGGAUAAUAGACCCCAUCGAAGAACUUGGUCAACUAGCAUCAAGCUUUGGCAUUUGUUUUCAUGUGGACCUUUGCCUUGGUGGCUUUGUAUUACCUUUUGCUCGUGAGCUUGGGUACCACAUUCCACCUUAUGAUUUUUCUGUUAAAGGGGUUACUUCAAUAUCAGCAGAUGUGCAUAAAUAUGGGUUAGCUCCCAAAGGAACAAGUGUAGUUCUAUAUAGGAACCAUGAAAUCAGAAAGCAUCAAUUUGUUGCAGUUACUGAGUGGUCCGGUGGGUUGUAUGUAUCUCCAACCAUAGCUGGAAGCAGACCUGGAAGCCUUAUUGCUGGUGCAUGGGCAGCAAUGAUGUCUCUAGGGAAAGCAGGUUACUUGGAAAAUACUAAAGCAAUUAUGGACGGAUCAAAAAGACUACAAAAAGGCAUAGAGGAGAUUCCUGAGUUAUUUAUCAUUGGAAAACCCGAUAUGACAAUCGUGGCUUUUGGAUCAAAUGUUCUUGAUAUAUUUGAAGUCAAUGAUAUCAUGUCAUCCAAAGGUUGGCAUUUGAAUGCAUUGCAGAGACCCAACAGCAUCCAUAUCUGUGUGACACUACAACAUGUACCAGUAAUUGAUGACUUUAUAAAGGAUUUAAAGGAAUCUGUGAAUACUGUGAAAGAAAAUCCAGGUCCAAUAAGUGGAGGUCUAGCACCUAUAUAUGGAGCCGCCGGGAAGAUGCCAGAUAGAGGAAUGGUCCAGGAAUUGCUGGUCGAUUUCAUGGAUGGCACCUGCUAGUGACUUGUGAGUGGCUUUCAUAAAACUGUGACGUGUUAUUUUAUUCUUCUGCCUAUGGGAACAUGUACUGUACUAGGCCCCUACCAAAUAAUAAUGUACGAUUUCACAUGCAUUCUUUUUUUUGAUAGAACGGUUUCACGUGCAUUCUUUCAUAUUCAUAAGAGAAAGAAUAAUCCAAGAACUAUAAUUUAUAUUGAAUACGUAUAUGAAAAAUAAAGUCAGUUUGUAUGUGUGGUCUGUGCUGUGUGUAGUCAGUGUGUAUCAAAGAGGCCCUAUCAUAUCUGGUCUUAUAUGUACUUUUUCAAUUAUUAAAAAAUAUAUGAAUGGUAGAGAUUAAUUGUCA